CCCCUCACCCCCUCCUUCCCUCUGGACUCCACCCUCAGCCCCGCCUCCUCCUCCACCUCGCCGACCCGACGCCGCUCCAGCAGCGACAGCGUGGGAGGCGGCGCCGCGCCGCCCGACGUCCCCGUCUGUUUCCUGACGUCUCAGACCAGCUCCUUCUCAGAGCAGGUGGACUCCAUCCUGAGGGGGGACUUCCUGUCCCUGAUGGGGGCGUCGGGGCCGAAGCGGCUCUGCCUGGUUUGUGGGGACUUGGCGUCGGGGUUCCACUACGGAGUGGCGUCCUGCGAGGCCUGCAAGGCGUUCUUCAAGAGAACCAUCCAGGGCAACAUCGAGUACAGCUGCCCGGUGACCAACGAGUGUGAGAUCACCAAGCGGAGGAGGAAAGCCUGUCAAGCCUGCCGCUUCCAGAAGUGUCUGCAGGCCGGCAUGAUGAGGGAGGGUGUUCGUAUGGACCGGGUCCGAGGAGGACGGCAGAAAUACAAGAGGAGGCUGGAGACAGGACUUAGUUACUACUCUAAAAGCCCCUACAGCCAUCCAGCCUGCAGCCGAAACAAAGUGAUCUCCCACCUGCUGCUCACAGAGCCCGCCCCUCUGGCCGCCAAUCAGGACAAUUCGACCAAUGACGGCAGCCUGCGGACCCUGCUGACCCUCUGUGACCUCCUGAACCGGGAGCUGCUGGUUCUGAUCAGCUGGGCCAAACAGAUCCCAGGCUUCUCUGGACUCUCAUUGGUCGACCAGAUGUCGCUCCUGCAGAGCGGCUGGAUGGAGGCGCUGCUGGUGGGCGUGGCCUGGCGGUCUCAGGCGGCGCCGCGGGAGGAACUGGUGUUCGCCGGGAACCUGUGGCUGGACGAGGCUCAGUGCCACGAGGCGGGCCUGGAAGACCUGUACGAGGCGCUGCGCCACCUGACGGCCCGGUACCGGGCCAUGAGGCUGAGCCCCGAGGAGGCCGUCACCCUCAAGGCCAUGGCGCUCGCCAACUCGGACGCGGACCCGGUGGACUGCCCGGACUCGGUGCAGCAGUUCCAGGACGAGCUCCACGAGGCGCUGCAGGAGUACGAGGCGUGGCGGCGGGAGCCCCGGCGGGCGGGCCGCCUGCUGAUGAGCCUGCCGCUGCUGCGUCAGAGCGCCGGGCGGGCCGUGCACGCCCUGCGGCGCACGCAGCGCCGCCGCCGCAUGCCGCUGCACAAGCUGCUGGCCGAGAUGUUGGACGCCUCGUGCUCCCCGUCGUCCCCGCUCCUCCAGGACGGGCUGCAGUAA